GCCUUACUCAGACUCCUCUCUCGCUCGCUCUCUCGGCGGCUACAGCUGGACGCUUCUCCUCUGCCACCGCCACUGCUCCGCGCACAUCCCUACAAUGGCUAAAACAGCAAUGGCCUACAAGGAAAAGAUGAAGGAGCUGUCUAUGCUGUCGCUGAUCUGCUCCUGCUUCUACCCGGAGCCACGCAACAUCAGCAUCUACACCUAUGAUGACAUGGAGGUGAAGCCCAUCAACAAGCGCGCCUCCGGCCAGGCCUUUGAGCUGAUCUUAAAGCCGCCGUCUCCCAUCUCGGAAGCUCCACGAACUCUAGCUUCUCCAAAGAAGAAAGACCUGUCCCUGGAGGAGAUCCAGAAAAAGCUGGAGGCUGCAGAGGAGCGAAGAAAGUCUCAAGAGGCUCAGGUGCUGAAGCAGUUGGCAGAGAAGAGGGAGCACGAGCGAGAGGUCCUCCAGAAGGCCUUGGAGGAGAACAACAACUUCAGCAAGAUGGCGGAGGAGAAGCUGAUCCUGAAAAUGGAACAAAUUAAGGAAAACCGUGAGGCUAAUCUAGCUGCUAUCAUCGAACGCCUGCAGGAAAAGGAGAGACAUGCUGCAGAGGUGCGCAGGAACAAGGAACUGCAGGUUGAACUGUCUGGCUGAAGCAAUGGCGGGUAUGGCACGCCCCUCCCAUGGUAAAUCCCCCUGCCUAUAUUAUAUGGAUCAUGCGAUAUCAGUAUGGGAAAUGUAUGACAUGGUUUAAAAAGAACUCAUUAUGGAAAACAAAACAAAAAACAGAAACAAAAAUAAAAUAAAAAAUCAAUGCGGUCUCUUUGCAGAAUGUUUUGCUUGAUGUUUAAAAAAGUACCUUGGAUCUUAUUUUGUAAAUAUUUACAUUUUUGUUAAAAAAUACAAGUAUUGCAUUAUGCAAGUUAUUUCAUAACCUUACAUGUCUUGUAACAGGCUUUGGAUGUUGUGUCUUUCCACUCAAGUGAAUUUGCUAGGUCUGUUCUUUUGAAAGCUGCCCAUGCCCUUUUCAUUCCAACUGAAAAAUGAGGUCAGUAGACAGUCUAUGGUGCUAGAAACCCACCAUUGCCUAAUGACCUAGAUGACUCCAUACUCUCUGAGCUUGACCGAGACCACACCUAGAUCGUGGGUACGGUGUGUCCUUGUGAACCUUCACCUUUGCUCAUAAUCUGCUUCCUGCCUAGAAACCACAAAGCCAGGCUAAGGAAAUCCACCAGUCACAGCACUUACUUCUGCUCCUAGUGGAUUAUGUGCUAUACACGUGUUUGGGUUUUAGAAACAGAUGCAUGGGAAAACUAAUCUGAGCUCAAUCAGGGUGGAAGUGAAAGGCUGAGCCUUCUAACGCGCUGAUCACAAACGCAAAGCCAGAGGGUUCACGCGGCCCGGAAACUGUUCUUCAUGACGUGGGCUGACCUCUCUUGCUUCAGCUAUUACGAUGGAAUGAAUUAAUUAACAUGUCGGGUGGCUUAUCUGUGGGCGCCAGGGGUGAGGAUGUUCAUUUUAAGCUUUUGCCUGUAGUACAAGCACAUAAUGCUGCUGAAUAUUUUUCCACUUGGAGACUGUGAGCUGGUUGUUGCAUUAGAAACACAAACAAAAUCACAAACACUGUGGACUUUUACUCAAGCUGGUCUUUCUUCCCCAGUGUAGGGCAAGCCUGCCUAUAAACAAGACCAAAUCACUCCAUCUGUGAUGCUGACGCAGUUAAGGGGCGAGGCAGGGCAUUUGUGCCAAGUGUAAGAAUCAGCAGAGACCCAGCAUACAUACCUAUUGCAGUUUUGAAGUUGUUUCUCCCCAACUCCCAACUCCUGAAGGUUGCUGCCUGCAUAUUUACUCUUCGUCAGUGCUAUCUUCUUGUAUGUCAUUGUGAGCAAGCUGUGAUGAAUAAAGAA